GGCUGCGGGGGCCAAUGGCAGGUCGGGCUGCGCGGCUGCGCCCUGGGCCCCGGCCGCGGGCUGGGCGGGCGGCGCGGGGCCGGCAAGCAGAUCGGGUGCGGGCGCGGAGCGAGAGGCACCAUGUGCGGCAUCUUUGCUUACCUGAACUACCAUGUUCCCCGGACAAGACGGGAGAUCCUGGAGACCCUUAUCAAAGGGCUCCAGCGGCUGGAGUACAGGGGCUAUGAUUCUGCAGGUGUGGGAAUCGAUGGUGGAAACGACAAAGACUGGGAAGCUAACGCUUGCAAAAUCCAGCUUAUCAAACAGAAGGGGAAAGUGAAGGCUCUGGACGAAGAAGUGCACAAGCAACAGGACAUAGACCUCGACAUUGAGUUUGAUGUGCACCUUGGAAUCGCCCACACCCGUUGGGCUACCCAUGGCGAGCCCAAUCCUGUCAACAGCCACCCGCAGCGCUCGGAUAAGAACAAUGAAUUCAUUGUCAUCCACAAUGGCAUCAUCACCAACUACAAAGACCUGCGGAAAUUCCUGGAGAGCAAGGGCUACGACUUCGAGUCGGAGACGGACACGGAGAGCAUCGCCAAACUGGUCAAGUACAUGUAUGACAACCGGGACAGCGAUGACAUCAGCUUCACCACCCUGGUGGAGAGGGUCAUCCAGCAGCUGGAAGGUGCUUUCGCCCUUGUGUUCAAAAGUAUUCACUAUCCUGGCCAAGCAGUCGGUACCAGGCGAGGCAGCCCCCUGCUAAUCGGAGUGCGCAGCGAGCACAAGCUCUCCACCGACCACAUCCCGAUUCUCUACCGGACGGGUAAAGACAAGAAGGGAAGUUGCAGCCUGUCUCGUGUUGACAGCACCACCUGCCUUUUCCCUGUUGAGGAGAAAGCUGUGGAAUACUACUUCGCUUCUGAUGCCAGUGCCGUCAUUGAACAUACCAACAGAGUGAUUUUCCUUGAGGAUGAUGAUGUAGCAGCUGUGGUCGAUGGCCGUCUCUCCAUCCACCGGAUCAAACGCACGGCGGGCGAUCACCCUGGACGCGCUGUCCAAACCCUGCAGAUGGAACUUCAGCAAAUCAUGAAGGGUAACUUCAGCUCAUUUAUGCAGAAGGAAAUUUUUGAACAGCCAGAAUCCGUUGUUAAUACAAUGAGAGGAAGGGUCAACUUUGAUGACUACACUGUAAAUCUUGGUGGGUUGAAGGAUCACAUUAAGGAGAUUCAGAGGUGUCGUCGUUUAAUCCUUAUUGCCUGUGGGACAAGUUAUCACGCUGGGGUUGCGACCCGUCAGGUUCUGGAGGAGCUGACUGAAUUACCCGUUAUGGUUGAACUAGCCAGCGACUUCUUGGACAGAAACACCCCUGUCUUCAGAGACGAUGUCUGCUUUUUCAUCAGCCAGUCAGGUGAGACAGCAGAUACUUUGAUGGGUCUUCGGUACUGCAAAGAGAGAGGAGCCUUAACCGUAGGGAUAACAAACACAGUCGGCAGCUCUAUCUCACGAGAGACAGAUUGUGGAGUCCAUAUCAACGCAGGACCAGAGAUCGGGGUCGCCAGUACCAAGGCCUAUACCAGCCAGUUUGUCUCAUUGGUGAUGUUUGCUCUGAUGAUGUGCGACGACAGAAUUUCAAUGCAGGAAAGGCGCAAGGAAAUCAUGCGCGGUCUAAAGGGCCUCCCAGACUUAAUUAAAGAAGUGCUGAGUAUGGAUGAUGAGAUCCAGAAGCUGGCCACAGAGCUGUACCAUCAGAAGUCUGUUCUCAUCAUGGGACGUGGCUACCACUACGCUACCUGUCUUGAGGGAGCUUUGAAAAUUAAAGAGAUUACCUACAUGCACUCUGAAGGGAUACUGGCGGGUGAGCUGAAACACGGCCCUCUUGCGCUGGUGGACAAACUCAUGCCCGUUAUCAUGAUCAUCAUGAGAGACCAUACAUACGCCAAGUGCCAGAACGCUCUCCAGCAGGUCAUUGCACGGCAAGGUCGACCUGUUGUGAUUUGUGAUAAGGAAGACAUUGAGACAAUAAAGAACAAUAAAAGAACGAUCAAAGUUCCCCAUUCAGUGGACUGUCUGCAGGGCAUCCUGAGCGUUAUCCCGCUUCAGCUUCUGGCUUUCCAUCUCGCAGUUCUCCGAGGAUACGAUGUUGAUUUUCCAAGAAAUCUGGCCAAGUCCGUAACUGUAGAGUGAAAGAUCAUCCGAAUCAUAGGGGAAAAGGGGAAUUAAAUGAAAGACUUUUUUUGGUACCAAAAUAACUUGAUUUUAAAGUCCCCUAGGUAAAUCUUAUUUUGGUAAAUCAUUGUUUGUGUAUAAGAUCACCGUGAUUCCAUUACAUUAGUGAUUGUCAAAUCGAUUCCUCAUGCUAUGCCAAUAGCUUUGGUUUUUUUUGAACAGUAGACUUCCAUGAAGAUGUUAAAUGGUUUUCUUCAAAGAUUACUGAGUCUUCUAGGCAAGGGGCCCUCCACUUUACUUUAAGAUAAUGUUUCUUAUCCGGUGUGGCUCCUUCCAGUCGUUGAUGAGAAACCAUUGAAUGCAUUACCUGUCAUGCUCUCAGGCAGUGAAGCAGGAGACCAGAAUAUUCCACUGGAACAAGAGUUGUUACUGGUCAUGCUUGUGCAGAUAUUUUAAUAGUGAACGGAACUGUAAACAAGCACUUGGGGUCCAUUUCUGCCUCGCGUACAAAAGGGAACUCGGCCAACCUGUUACAACCUCCUAAAUUUUAGGCACAUGGUACAUGUGCUAAGAAAAUAAUGUUGCUUCAGAAGGAUUUUAUCUAUGCCAAAUACCUAGCAAGCGACAAUCUCGCCAAGUCGGUGGGCCACAAGGCACUGUGUAACACCAGCAUAUUCCUGCCCUGUGCCCGCGAAGAUGGUGGAAUCGCGCCUCCAAGUGUAACUGGAAGCAGCGGCCGACUCAGUGUGAAUGCUUCCCAAAGCGGGGGGAAAGAGAGGAAUAUGAGCAGUGCACACUUUGUGCUGGUGUUUUGUUGUUGCUGUUGUUUGGGGUUUUUUUAAAACAAGUAGAAGUCUUUUUGUGUUGAGGACUUUUUCCCCUUGAACUGAGCACUAUGGCACUGUGAACACACCCCACGGUACCAGGAUUUGCCCCUGCAGAUCACUUAUUAGUCUGAAUGCGUAGAAGGAAGUUUCUGCCUUGUACCUCUCUGGUGGAGGCACUAAACUCCCUUUCUGAAAUUUGAUAAUGUUCGUCAGAGUCCCUUAAUGAAAGCAUGGGUUCUGGUUUGUUUAGGAGUAGUAUAUGUGUGACUGGUGUCAAAUUCAGCUGGUUUAAAAUCGAAGGGGAUAAAAAAGGCUUGCUAGCCAUCACAGAAGCGUAUACCCUGGCAAUAGUUUUAUAACAAGCUUGCAGAGCGUUGGAAAUUACACAGAAAAUAGUCUCUCAAGACUUAUCCCUGCCUUUUCCCAAGUCAUUAAAGGGCAGUUAGCUCUGUGUUUUCUAAUGCAAAAAGGCGAAUUUUCUCCUAGCUUGAUGGGGUUUGAAUUCGCUUUACACGCGCGCCCCAUAAAAAGAAACAUCUGCUACAAGGCAUAAAGCAGCGUUUGCCAAGUGCUGGUGAAUAUUCCAGGUCACUUAUUGCCCCCAAAGAAUUGCUCUGACAAAGGCUGUGCUUGGGGACUGUCCACUGCCCUUUAAAACCCACUUCUCGCACAGGGUGCUACACGGCUGCUGAGAAGCUGUGAUCCAGCCCUGCUCCUGCAGGUGACUGCUCAGACCGGAGCGCUUCCACAGGCUCUGUCUGUAGCCAUCCCUCUUUGUAUAAAACCUCAGUGACUAUUUCACUGCAAUUCAGUAUCGGCUCAAGGCUUGAUUUUUAUCAUGAGGAUGAAACGCUGCGUGCUUGGAAACAGCUUCUCAGAACCAAUAUAUGCCCAUUUAUUAAUGCCUUGUAUUCAGACUAUUAAUUUAUGAACUCAUUGUGCUGCCAGUAUCUGUUUAAGGGCAAAGUAGUAAAUACUGGAUUUUAUUUAUACAGUGUUUACUUCCGAGGCACUGACACUCACCAGUUCUGUGUCUCUGCCUACACGACCCGUAGGCUGCCCUGCUUCAUUUGAAGACAAUGCUUGUCCUUAAGCAAAAAACAAUGGUCAGUGCUAACGAUUGGAAGCCAAUUCCUCUUCCUCCUCUUCCCAGCGAGCUUGCCGAAGAGAAACCACAAGCCUUUCAAGUGGAGGGCUGGAACCAAGGUGGAGUUUGCCCUCGUAGCUCCACAGCACAAUGACACAGGGAGUUGCAGGGUCGCAUCCCGUGUUGUCGUUAGCGUGGGAUCUUGGGUGAAAGAGCCUCAAAGGAGAGUUGUUUUGAACAUUUUUUUGUUUUGUUUUCCUAUUCUGCUCGGCAGAAAAGCAGCAAGCAUUGCUUUUAUCUUGUAGAGAUGAUUGUCCGUUAGGUUAGGGAGUCCCCGAGCAAAGGGGAUGGGAGGCAUCCCUGUUAAAAUACAAGUUGCUGUUCAGUACAAGUCCAGUAAUGCAGACUGGUAGCUAUUUAUGACAAUAAGUUUUGUGCAAAGAGGACCAAAGAACAGGAGUCUGUUAGGAAUGUACGUCUGCCACCCGCGGUGGGUGUAGCUGUACAGAUAUCGCUGAGCUAUUUGGUUUUAUGCUGUGAUAGACAAAUCCUUAUUCUUUGCGAUUUAAGGCAUUGAAACUGAUGGCAGAGUCUUCCUUUGUCAGAAGUAAAGGUAGGAUUCCCCCCCCCACGUUCUGCAAGUUGCCAGCAAACUGCCUGAAGUGUAUGAAACUGCCUGCCAAAAGAGAGCUGUAGUCGUUCUCGCAGCUCGGCUGGCGGAUGUUGUAACGUUGAUCUCAGAGAAUGCCGCGGAGCACACGUGCUGUGAAGAAUUUCUCUGAUGAGCAUGGGAGGGAAUCCGUUAAGCGUCUCCAUGUUGUUAAUUGCCAUGCCUGGGUGAAGUGAGAAUGUAUAAAGGACUCUUAGCUUUCCUUACCUCAUUUUGUCUUGCCGUGUUGCAUUUGGAUGAACAGAUGAUGUUUCUCUUUUCCUUAGAAAACUUUUAGAACAUCUUGUGAUAUUUAUUAACAGCCAGCCUGUCUUCUCCUCUCUAGAAUGAAUGUUUUGCUUACUGAGCCAGUACAAUUCCCUCCUUCCUAAUUGAGGUGUUUAAAAAGUCAGUAGGCCUGUCACUAAAAUUGAGCCACAGGUAAAUACAGAUAAAGAUGCCACCUUCCAUCUCAGUGUAUUUUGAUUUAAGCAGCUGUGUUCCUCAUCUGUCUCUGCAGAGGCACUCGCCCAUGGCUCUUGGGAUCUUUAACGACCAGAGACCUUCAGGCUCAGGUUGUUUCAGGUUCUUUCUGUCUAACAGAUUUCAAAUUCCAUACUGCCAGUAAGGUCAUUCCACACGCCAUAGGAAAUUAGAUUGUAUGUGGAAUAUAAUUCUGUGAGAAAGGCUUUCCCUCCUGGCUCCUGAAGAAAGGCGACAGGCAGUUGGUCACCGACUUGCUGUUGGGGUGUGUGUUCUCACAGAGAUCCCCGGGGUAGCCACAUCCUUGUGAGGUUGCAACAAUGACAUGGCCAACGCCAUCACCUUUUGAGCGUGGUCUCCUGGCUUGGAAGUAAUUACGUACCAUGAGCACAGGGAUGCUCUGCCAGCCAGAAAGCCGCCUCCACACUUGGAUGUGUGAAGCAUCAGCCCAUUGGCGCUGAAGGAGCCGAAAGGUUCACACUGACCAUUUUGACCAUUUCCCACACAAGCGGGAGGGAGCUCAUGGAUAUGACAUGACACGUGAUCACACUCAGUUAGGAGCCUUAAGAGCAGCUUAGACACUCUGGGUUUGGUUAAGCUGCCGACUGGAACAUUGAAAGGCGUAAGGAAGACCAACAUAGUGCAAGAUUAGGCUUCUCUCCUCUCUGGCUCUCACCAGUUGUCCUUGACGCCACCAGUAGGUGCCUGGCAGCAGCGUGCCGGAUGCGGGGAUUGAAACGUGGCGCUUGAAGCACAGCAGUGUUUAGCUGUGGCUAAUUUUAGAUCCCACCUGAAUGUACCAAACUUGCCUCAAAGCAUGGAGUCCCUCCUCUACAGCAGAAACGGGAAGAAAAAGAAACAAAGUAGUAUUGGGUUUGAAUGAAAGGAAGUAAAACUAUUUUGCCUUCAAUUCAGUGUAUAUAAAUAGACAUUGGAAGUGGCAACCACCACCGUUUCUUCCCUUCUCAAUCUCUUUGCCUCUGCUUGUACAUAUCCAGCUGGCUUGGGUUGUGGGGACCAGUCUGUACCUUGUUUCCCGUUGUGUGCUGUAUGCAGAUGUCUUACUUUUGUCUGUAGUGUUUUAUAAUUUGGGUUUUGUCUUUUUGCUUACUUUUUUGUAUCUCACCCUUUGAAUAAAAUCAAGUGCCCUACAUUAAACAAAUGGAAUUACGGGUC